CCCCGAGGACACAAAAGCGGCGCGGCGCAGAGCCGCCCGCACAGCCCGGAGCAGGCGCCGCCGCCUCAGGAUGCCGAAUUGGGGUGGAGGGAAGAAGUGCGGCGUAUGCCAGAAGACAGUGUACUUUGCUGAGGAGGUGCAAUGUGAAGGCAACAGCUUCCACAAGUCCUGCUUCUUAUGCAUGGUCUGUAAAAAGAACCUGGACAGCACCACUGUAGCGGUGCACGGGGAAGAGAUCUACUGCAAGUCCUGCUAUGGCAAGAAGUAUGGCCCCAAGGGCUAUGGAUACGGGCAAGGAGCCGGGACCCUGAGCACCGACAAGGGCGAGUCGCUGGGAAUCAAGCCUGAAGAGGGCCAUCCUCACCAGCCCACCAACAAUCCCAACGCUUCCAGGAUGGCCCAGAAAGUGGGUGGCUCUGACGGAUGCUCACGCUGCGGACAGGCGGUGUAUGCUGCUGAGAAGGUGAUUGGAGCUGGAAAGUCCUGGCACAAGGCUUGUUUCCGAUGUGCCAAGUGUGGGAAAGGCCUGGAAUCCACCACCUUGGCUGACAAAGAUGGAGAAAUCUACUGCAAAGGAUGUUACGCCAAGCACUUCGGGCCUAAGGGUUUUGGCUUUGGGCAAGGAGCUGGUGCGCUUGCCCAUGCCCAGUGAGGUGCCAGGCCUGGCCCCGCUGACUCCUCCUUGCCAUGCUGGUGCCCUGACGAUGCUGCGAGGGAGCCCAGCCCGUCUGCUUCCUAGUGCCAAUGCCUCUCUUCAUAACUAACAACCUCCUGCUGCUUCUCACGGCACUACACCAUUCCUGCCAGCUGGUUCCAGCAACGGAUCUGACUCAGAGGCCUUGGGAUCAAUGGAGAUCUCUCCACUGUACAACAGGGGCCUUUGGCUCAUGAGCUGCUGGCACCAGCGGAGGUGAGAUGGGUUCAUUUCUAUAACACACGUG